UAUCUACCUACUUUGACGACUUUUACCGUCAAAACGCGGAGUUUAGUGUUUCUAUUCAACGAAAGAGUGCGUGUUCUACGUAACCCAUCGUAACCCAGGUGCACGUGAGGGGACCGUCUGCUAGACGGGCCAGCUAGGUGCAGGAGUCUCCUCGUGACGUUCCCCGGGCGGUUUUGAAAAGUCCCGUCUAUUUUGUCAGUUUCGUGUGAUUAUGUUACAUAGGUCGACGUCGAUCGCGGGAAGGCAUUAUGUUCACGGUAUUUCGCACGUUACUGAUACUUACGCAUUUUUUCUACGACUUAUUUACCGCGGUUCAUAACUGCUGUAUGUUGCUUCACCGUAAGUGCAUUGAGAUUUGGUACGGUGAGAACUCGAGGACAGAAGUCGAAUGGUUGGUGCGCGCCGCGAGCCGAACGAAAAAACUGCCAAGACACAUAGUGAUCGUUUUCGGCGCGAAGGAGGACACUAUAUUAGAGUGCGUUCGGAUAGUCGGCUGGUGCAUCACCCUCGGUAUACCUUACAUCAGCUUCUAUGAUAUCAGUGGCUUCUUAGUCAGAAAUGAGAGUUUCCUGAAACAUGAAAUUGCAAAGAGAAGGCCUGAUUUAUUGGAGCAUAUCAAUUGGAGUAAACCGAAUACAGCAUACACACAGAAUGGAGUAAGCGGUUCUAAAGUAAAGACACGAGUAUCGUUAUUAUGUGCUUCAGAUGGGAAAGAAGAAAUAGUUACAUUAACGAAGAAGUUGGCUGAAGCAGUUGUUACAGGGACAGUUAAAUCUGAAGAAAUAAAUAUAGAUCUACUUGAUGAGAAAUUAAACUCGCGGAGAAUACCUGACCCUGAUUUAGGAUUAAUUUAUGGCCAAGUUUGCUCUACAUAUGGUGUUUUGCCAUGGCAAACACGUGUAACAGAAUUUUUUACAUUACCUCUACACGUUAGCCUCUCGGCUAAGGAAUUCGCGUAUCUGCUGGAGAAGUAUAGUAAAUGCAAUCAAAGAUACGGAAAAUAACUGGAAUUGUUGUUUAUAUUUGUGUAAACUUUUUGUAUUCCAUGCGAAACUUAAAAUAGAGGGGGAAAUGAAAGAUGGGAAGCA